AUGGGUAGAAGUGGGGCCUUCGCGGUCUUACCAAAGCUUCUGGGCAUCAUUUCGUUCUCGUUUCUCGGUAUGCUUUUUUAUCUUAGUUUUUAGCAAGCUCAAAAAAGGAAAAAAAAAUUGCAUUCUUUGAAAAAAGCUAUAACUGCCGCCAUUCCAUUUUUCUCUUCACGAAGCAUUUUGGAUAGCGAGAUAUUCUGGCUAAGUGUUCUCAAGAUUCUCGGUUUUUCAAGGAAUGACUAAUCCUUCAGGACGCUUGAAAAAUGUUCACGGAGCAUGGACUUGGAAAGUAGUCAUUUGAGCUUUAGAAGAGCAGUUUUUUCGAUAUUCUGAGCUUGUUCAUUGUCUAAAAAAAUGUGUUUCUCUGCUCACAAAAAUCAUAAAGAUUCGGUAGACAGAUUUAGACAGAAGCUGUAAUAAAGAUAAGCAAAAAUCUUCAAGCAGAUGACCAAAAUUGCUAUCAAAUUUUUUUUUUUUUAGAGAGCAGGUUAAAAUUAAAGCUCAUUUUCAGUAAAGUUCAAAAUUUAUUUCGCACAAUUGUAAUCAAAAAAAAUCUGGCAAUUGCUGUUUUUUUUUGGGAUAACUACUUUUUGACUCUAAUUUAAAAAUUUUUGCACCUCGGUCAAGUUCACAAUCAUAAGACUUUCAAUUUAAAAUUGUUAACCUUGAUGAGAUCUUGAAGUUUAUGAGAGCCAUUAUUCGACACAGUGGGCUGAGAUCGAAAAAUUUUUUUUUGUUAAAUUAGAAAAAAACUUCUACGGGCUAUAGAGAAAAAUAAUCAGUUGGUUCUUUGAAAAAAUUCAAAAAAGAUAAUACGUGAAAGGUUUGCAGUUUGGGGCGCGGUGAACGGGACUACCGACCAGACGAUCCAAACAGCUGCUGGUGGGUGAUCCUUUAUGAUGGGAGCUCCUUCUUUCCUUUGACCUUCUCCAAACCUCUCUUCUCUGCUUUCUCUUUUCCUCUGCACGUCACUCCCCAUCCGAGCCGUUCGCACUCCAUCCGAUUGCUUCGGAGUUUCUCUGUUUUUAUUUUGCGGCUAUGUUUUGAUAAGAAUAUGUCACACAAUCUUGAUUCUGAUUCAGAAAUCAAUGUUUUCUUUUUCUUUUUGUUUUCGACUACAUUUUUCAUUAGGAUGGAACAGAUGAUAAAUGAGCAAUUUUUGCUUUUCUGUGUGAGAAAUCUCACCAAACUUUGUAUCAAAGGUAAAUGAAUUAAAAGCCUGACUGGAAAAAAAAAGAAUUUUUUCUUGCGACUUCUAAUUCUUUGUACUUUAUGAAUUACAUUUAAUAAAUCCGCCGAAAUUAUUUCCACCAUUUUCGACUUGCUAAUUUAAAAAAAUAUUUUUUUCUCCUUAUCCGUCUUUUUUUAAGUUAGUGACACAGUUCAAUCAAGAAACUUCAGUUCAAAUCGGACAAAUUUUAGUUUUGAAUGAAUAAACGAGAAUUUUUUUGAUGAAACUGAGAAAAACUUAAAAAAAAUUUUUUUCUUUAUGAGGAUUUAUUCGUAUUUUUCCUUCACAUCCAACAAAAUUUACAAAAUAUUUUCAGUAGAUUUCAAACUCGAGUUUGGUGACAAAUAUUCCAAAUUUUUGACCAGCUAAAAAAUUAUGAAAACGUGUUGUUUGUAGCGUGUAGGGCAGAUGAAAGUGCAUUUAUGCCAGAAAAACAACAUUCUUGGCUGCUGAAAGUUUGGUCGAUAAAAGGCGGAAAGGGAAAAAAAUUGGUAGUCUCUUGACUAGUUGCUCAUUGAAACAUAUGCUUUGUUUAUUCGAGAAAAAAUAACUCUGAGCUUUUUUUAAUUGUGUGUUUGUUUUGCAUGAACCUGGCGGCCGUUAAAAACAGGUGUCUGAUUGGUAUAAACUAAUGACGUAUUGCAGAUACGAGCAGCCGUGAUGGGGAAUGGACGGAACAAUCGACAGCGCCUGUGAUCGUCGAGAGACCGACGUGAGUUUUCAGAUUGCUUAUUAUGUAGAACAAAUGUAAUCAGUAUAAACUUGGUUCACUCAAUUUUUCAAUAUCUCAGCUUCCUAAAAAGAAAAAUUAUUGUGUUCAAACUUUUGAGUUGCGAUUGAUACCCAUCAAAAAUAAUUCAAGAUAGAACCGAAGUAACAUCUCUUAUAAAAAAAUUUCAAUAAAAAAAUUGUUUUAUGACAGUUCAAAACGCUCGGAAGCUUUUUUUUCAAUGAGCCGAUUUUCAUAGCAUAUUGAAAAGUAUCUGUCACUUGAUCAAUAUUUUUUUUGCUGAAAUAUCCGACAUAAUCCAAAAAUCGACUCGUCAUUGUUUGUUUUUCUCAAAUAGGACACCGACGCCCGAUUUUUCACAAACAGUUGCAGUACAUUUUUUUCAACUUUUUAUUUUUUUGCUUCAGGUCUAUUUAGAACAUAUUUUUUUUUAGAUAUAAUUACGAAACUUAAGAGAACAUAAAUUAAAUUGAUAGCCUUUGCUGCGAAAGUGAAAGAAAUAGUUUUAAUAGAGUGUAUGACGAGAAAAAUUUCCAAGUCAACAAAAAUUUUUUUGAAGUUAAAGUAAAUAGUUCAAAUGCAUGAGAAAGAUCGCACAAUUAAUUUUUAAAAAAAUCUUUUUUUCAUUUAUUUUUUUCAACGAUUUGGAUUGCUAUCAACAGAAAAAUCCAAUGCUGAACGCCUUGCUACCGAAAACUGCACGCUUUUUUUGGGUUGGUUCAGAUUUUUUUGCCCGACCGACAGGAAGUGGUUCCCGCGCGUCAACGCGGCUCUAGAGUCUCCUUUCUAAGUUGCUAUUCAAGCUUUAGUUGAAAAAAAGGGAGAAAUAUCGUAGGAAGGUAUAUAUUGUAGAAUAUUGUAAUAAAGAAUCGAUAUAGGAAAUUGUAUUUUUUCGAUUUUCCCGGAGCUAAAGACAAAUAUAAAAGUCCUGUCUUUGAAGCUCACUUAUGAUUACCAAAAAAUUAUUUACACGCUUCAGGAAUGAAUUCUCCCGACGCAACCUAAGCAUGGUUAUUAUUUUAUUUUUAAUUUUGGCUAUUUUUACUCAAAAGUCCUUCCCUUGUAAAUACGUUGAGCUCUAUGUGCGGUCUUGACAUCAUUAUUAAAAUCGAAAAUCUCGAAACUCCUAUUCAGAAUAUCGACAAAGACGAUGGAGUUACCGGACGAAGCAGACUGGCUGAAAACGGCAGACAAAGAAGAAGUGGAAAAGGCCAAGCAUGGGCUCGACCUGAUCCACUUCGAUCUCUCCCACACCGGAAAUCCCUUAGUUAUCCUUUUUGUACUCACCGUCGUCAACUUGUUCAAGCCAGGUAUAUCCCGAUAAAGAUAUGCUCUCAGAACUUCCAAAAAUGCCUAAUUUUCCAGUUCUGAAAUGGCGCUACGUCAACUCCGUCCCAGAAGCCGUGACGUUGUUGCUCGUCGGUCUGGUUCUUGCCGUUUUUUUGUUUGCCGUUUCUCACAUCCAGGUUCUCAUCCCUGGAAUCAAUCUAUUGAAUUUCAAAAUUUUCAGCUAACUCUAACCCCAGACCUUUUCUUCGUCUACUUGCUGCCCUUCAUUGUUGCCGAUGCCGGGUUUUUUAUGCGAAAGCGCAUUUUUUUCGAAAACCUCGGGACGAUCCUCACAUAUGCUGUUUUUGGAACAAUGCUCAGCACUCUCGUGAUCGGUGAGCUGCUUUUUCCAAGUGCGCUUGGAUAGACUUUGAAUAUUUUUCGCGUGCUGCAAUCAAAAUAUUUCUAAUUCUAGAGAAGAGUACAGUCUUUUCAAUUCAAAAAAAGGGUAAUUGAAAAAUGAACAAAUCCUCCGUUUCUGUGACAAAUUAAGUGUGGAGGUCAUCAUUCAACUUGCAGGACUCAUUUUGCACCUGUUCUCGCCCUUUUUCGCCACUUCAAUUCCGUUUCUGCACAUAAUGCUGUUCUGCGCGCUCAUCUGCGCCGUUGAUCCGGUCACUGUUCUCAGCACUUUCGCCGAAAUCGACGCCAACGACACUUUGUUCAUCAACAUCUUUGGAGAGAGUCUCACCAAUGAUGCGGUCACGAUUGUGAGUUAUUUUUUUUUUAGAAAUUUUGAACUUUAUGGUUCCCCUGCACGGUCUAUUCAAAAGUUGACAUGUUUUCCGUACGGUCCUUUGGGCUCAAAAAUCGCCAAAUUGUUUCAAAAUUGAAAAAUUGUGAAAUUGGCUGAUGAGUAGUAUGAAGACAUCAAAAUUCGAACAAAUAUCAUUUUCAGGUGAUCUAUCGGACCAUUAUCGCCAUCAUAAUGCAAGGCGACGUGGAACACACCACGCAGAGCUUCGUGACCGUGGCUGUUGGGGCUGUCGGAACCUUCGCCUACGUCUCUUUCGGCGGCAUAAUCAUUGGAAUACUGGGCGGCUACUUGAGUGUCUUCUUGAUCAAGUUAGUUUUUUGUCUUUUUUUAAAUCUGAAAACUAAUAAUGAUUCGGAAAACGGCUGCCUUUCGAUUAUGAUUAUAGUUCUCUCACCACUGACUAGAGAAAUGUCGAUAAGAAAUAGAGUGAAAAAUGAAAAGGUUCAGACGAGUCUGUAACAGUUUUGACACAGGCUUGAAAUAAUUUUUUUACGGUACCUUUUUUUUACUUCUGAAAGGGCCUUCGACAACCAAUAAAUUAAUUUUUUUGACCUAGUCAGUGUGAGAAAUUCCAAUUUUGAAAAAACGUGUCAUUCGUAUUAAUUUUUUAAAUUGUCUUAAUCAUAAUUCCUUUCAGACAUCUUGUCCAGCAUCAAAUUCUGCUCCCACUCUUCCAAACUUUCGCUCCGUACAUUCUGUACCUGAUCACCGAGACCUUUCAUCUUUCCGGCAUUUUAGCGUGAGCGAAACUUUCUUUUUUCAGCAAUUUUCUCGGCCUUUUUUUCAGCUGUGUGAUAGGCGCGAUGAUCAUCUCGCACUACCAGCCCGGAAAUGUCUGUGCGGAAAUGGAGUUUAUCCACUGCUUCCUGUCCAAAACGCUGGCUUCAAAGUGAUUUCCAUUCAAAACUUCUCAAAAGAUUCCUAUAGCACAUCAUUUUGACCUUAUUGUGUCCUUGUUAUGGGAAGGGUCAAUUUUUCUGCAAAAAACUUUAGGAAAAAUGAGCAGUAGACGCAAAUCAAAUGGACAAAGCUAUACUAAUUCAAACUGUAGGGAGUGAAGAGUUAGUCCUUAUAUGGUGAAGUCCUGCAGUUCGUUUUGAAUUUAAAAAAAUUAUCCCACGUUUUUCUUAUUUCAUGCCAUGUAGGAUAAAUAAUAACAAGUUUUCUGAAAUUCUGCUUCUUUUAGCAAAGUUGAUUACCACAACGCAAACCUUCUUUGCAGCUCGGAAAUGGUGAUCUUCAUCUACCUGGGAUUUUCUGGCAUCAGCACCAAACACACGUUUGACCCCGUCUUCUCUUUCGUUACAGUGGUCGCCUGCUUCGUGGUCCGCCUGAUAGGUGCCUUAAAAUAUCUGACAAAAUCCAUAAACUUUCAAUAAUCGCGAGCGAAAUUAAAUGGUUUUUUUUUGCCUCAAAGUUUGAUCAAAGUUGAAAAAAAGUAGGCACUAUUCAAAAAUUAAGGAGCUGUAGAUUUUUGUCUUGUUGAAGUAUUAAUUGAUCAAAUUCGUUUUUUCCCCUUUUUUUCCUCGAAUUAUAUUUCUUAACCCGAUAGUAAGAUUUGAAUUUUGCAGUUGUUCUUUUCCUGUCUUACAUCGUAAACCAUUUCCGCGGCUUGGACAGCCUUAUUCCAUUCAAAGACCAACUUGUCAUGGUUCACAGUGGAAUCCGAGGAGCUGUUUGCUUUGGUAAGAACUCAUCACAUAUUUCUCACUUUCACUACCUAUCCUUAUAGGUUUGGUUGCUUCAAUCGACAGAAACGUCAUCCCAGCGCAGGACAUGUUUGUCACAACUACAUUGAUCGUCAUUGCGUUCACUUCAGUUGCGCAGGUUCAGAGAUUCCCUUUAUUUCCAUCAUCACCAAGUUUUUCCAGGGCUGCACAAUCAAGUCUGUUAUGAAACUUUUGAAGAUCAAAGGCAAUGAGGAAAUCCCGAAGAAAGUUGCGAAACCGAAAAACGUGAGAUGAGAAAAAUCUUUCAAACAGGAAAAGAUUUUUAGUGGAUUGACCGUUUCGAGGAAUUUGAUGAAAAGUACCUGAAGCCAUUCUUCUGCAAAUGCAAAGAUCCCACGCAAAUGUGUAAGUAAAAUUGUGAUUUUACGAAAACGCCCCAGGCUCGGACAAAGAAAAAAUUAUAAUUUUUUUAUAACGAAAUUCUCAUGAAAGAUUAUAGUCGUUCCCACCAACCUUUCUAAUUAAUAAAAAAACUUUUAAGACAUGCCAAACGCCUCUUCGUUCCACGAGCUUGGACUCCCUCCAGCGGUCAGCUCAGCUCUCCGUCUUGGCGAACGCACCGAAGUGUAAUUUUUUGUCAAAUCUUCUUUUUGAAAUCAACAAUUAUUACAGACAGCCUCUUCCUUCGCUUUCUGUUGCUCGACCCACUUUGCCGCCGAUGGACAACGACGACUCCAUGUCGCCGUACUCUACUAUUGCUGCUCCAAUUUCUGGACGUCGCACUCCAACUCAGGUUUUAUAUUCGAAGUAAUCAGAAUUGAGUUUGAUAUAAAAUUCAGCGUGGCUCUGUCUAUUCUCGUCACUUUCUGCCGAUGCCGUCGCCAACUGCAGUCCCUCCAGCCGAGGAAGUGAGUUUUUGACGGUUUUGUACCAACCCCGCUCCCCUCGUUAGUUUAUAUACUUUCUCUUCAGAUACUCAAAUUAUUUUCUUGUUUUGAGCAAUCCAUGAAGAAAUCUCGUAAAUGGUCUUGUGAGACCUGCUAUUGAACGUUUUCUUAAUCCUGAGGCCAAUAGAGUAUAGCCUUACUAAUCCAAUUCUCUGCACAAGGAACACAUUUUUUUCUCAGGACUCCAACAACCCUUAUCUCACGUUCCCUUACUGCAAAGGUCACACAGUUCGCUUCAUUGGUAAAAAAUAUUUCUCGAUUUUCCUAAAAAGGUUUAUUUCAAGAUCCUUCCGGUGUCAACGAAAAGGCUGCUGGUAUUCCCUUGGUCGCUCGAACUCGUCAUAAUUCUAUCGGAAGUGAGACAUAAAAAACAAUUCCCGUUUAGUUUUGCUUUCAAGUUGCAGCUGAAAGUCCAGCCAAAGAAGUCACUUUCAUGGAUCCCGACACAGAUGUGGAAAACGCUCGCAAACGUGGGUUUUUUAAAAAAAUUUUUCAGAAAUAGGGCAAAAUCAAAACGUUUCUCUGGUUUUUUCACUCAUUUUGUAUUUAUUUGGAGGCUCGCUGUAGGGAUAUUUUAUCAUUUAGUAUAAGUUCAAAACUUGUGAGAGAGAAUUGGAUCAAGUUAGCUAAAAACUAGUAUCAAAUAGGAUUUCAAACCGUAACACCUUCACUGUGCAAUCACGACGUUUUUAAUCGAUGCAAAUGAAUUAUAUUAUCUCUAGCUUUUAUUAAGAAAGAACCGCUUGAACUCAAAAGACUGUAAGUGGGCUAAUUUCAUACUUAUAGAUCUGAAUUGUGUUUCUUGUAUUUUUAAACUUGACUCAAGUACUUUUGAGCCUCUUGACAGUACUCAGACAAUAAAUCCGCUUGAUUCUCAUCAUUGAUAAGAUGAUCAAUUUGCAGCAAGUCGCUUUGCUGUGAAGCCUUUCACUAUCGGAGAUGAGGAGGCGCAGCUUCUGACCAUCGACGAAGAACAUGCCUCGCCGAAAAAAGAAGGAACCCCAACUGGACACCUUGACGAUCAAGAGAAGAAGAAGGACAAGAAGACCGCGGACAGUGAAGAAAAGGGAGAGUCCAAGGAAGAUUAA